AUCUCGGAAUGAAAAUAAAAUGGAUACACAAAGUGCGGAGGAGGAAAAUUUGUUUCCUUUUUUGUUGAGAGUGAUAAGAAGAAUUUCAUAACAAAUUUCCUUAAAUUGAAAUGAUUUAAGUAAGAAAUCGUACUGCGCCGGAAACCACGAAUUGUGAUUUUGAGUCAAGAGGAUGGAGGAUUAAUUAGGAGGAUCAAAAGUUUAAAAACAGGAAAAAAUGGAGCAACAAGAAGAAUGCAGAACGAGAAGAAUUCAACCUGUUCGACGUUUUCCAAACGAUUACAAAUCAGAAGGUCAAUCACCACGACUUAUUUUUAUUUUUUUAGCAAAUACGAUGCCUGGCCCACAGUCACAAGUGAAUGUAAGUCGAUCGACAAUUUCCAUUGCAAUUUAUUUGAUGUCAGAAGUCGUUCUGACGAUGGAGGUCGAAAAGCAAGUUACUGUUCAACAAUGUAUGAAUAUAGUUCAAUCAGAUGCAGAAUUGGCAUUGGCAAGGACUCCUCCAAUUAUUGGACAACCAGUUUUUGCACUCUGGCUCUGUUCUUCUCAACUGGAAGUUCAAUUAAAACCAUCACAUAGGCCACUUCAACUAGCAGCAAAAUGGUCAAGAUUAGUGAAAAAAUAUGGAUUUCAAACAGGGGCAGAUGAUGGAGAGCCGGUACUUUAUUUCAGAAGAAAUGUUUUUCUAACAAGACAUGAAGAGGAGUUAAUUAAGGAACCAAAAGUCCUGGAACUACUUUAUGCUGAAGCGAGACAUAACGUUUUGGAAGGAAGGUAUCCAUGUGAAGGACAAGCAAGAUAUGCAAGUUUGGGUGCCUUGCAAGCUCGAAUAGAACUUGGACCUUAUAAUUCCCAAACCCACACCCUUGCAUUCUUUCGAAAACAUCGAGGAAGAUUUUUACCCCACCAUUAUAAUUCGCCAAAUUUUUUAUUAGGACUUGGAUUCGGUUUGGGCCUAGUGGGUGGAAAAGGGGCGCCGGAAGCGAGACUUUUGGAACAAUAUAAAAGAAUUCCUAGUCACACUGGAAUGAAUACAAAUUCUAGAAAAUUGAUAAGAAAAUAUUUAGAAUUUUGCUGGGGUUUGCCUAGUUAUGGGGCUGCAUUUUUUCAAGGUCAAAUUGAACGACCGGUUAGGGGCUUGGCAUCCUGGAUUACAAAUCGAGACCUUGCUGUUUUGAUUGCAAUUAAUACUACUGGUGUUUAUAUUGUUGAUGAUGCUCAGUGUAGCCUUAUGUUGGGACUCAAAUAUUCCGAAUUGAGUUGGGAAAUGGCAAAACCUUCGGAUGAAGGAAAUCCCGACUGUCUGCCUUGUCUUUUUCUUCAAUUUCCGGUUCGAGAAAAUGGAACUCGUGUUUAUAAAAUUCUACAAGUAUUUUCAAAACAAGCGAUUAUGAUGGACACUCUUAUUUCUGGUUUCGCCGAGGAAAGUCGGAAAAUGGAAUCUAAUAGUGAAAAUCUUAAUCGAGUCCAAAAUGGAUCAGUCGUGCCUAAUGUUGGGAGCUUUACGAACAAACUCAGCAAAUUUGCCCUCGCCACUUUCGACGACGAAGGUCGCUGCAUCGGACAAAUGGGCUCUUGGUCUUUCCAAUAACACCAAUAUUAUUAUGUUAAAAAUUACACACAAAAAAACAUACA